AUGAACUGUGAGAACUUCUUCCAGAGGACCUGCACAAAGAGGAUCCACACCAAAAGGACCUACACCCAGACCACAGCACCAACAGCCACAUCCCCUCCCCCAACCAGUUGCCCCUCCUGCCCACCCCAUACCCCCACUCAGCAAAGAGGGCCUCAACAUAACAGUCACACGUACGCCAAGGCCUUGAGCAGGCAAACAGGCCCAACCCCCACUCUUACACUAGCCCAAACCAAUGGCAGCUGUGAGGUUCAGGGGAACUCUGCUGGAUGGAGACUGAAGAGGUCCACAGUCUCUGGGGAGCGUUCAGAUUGUGGAAGAAAAUGGGGAAAACCAGAAGGGUCUUCAUGCAUCGUGUCGCUAAUACCAUCACACAGUGGAGCGUACUGGUGUGAGUCUGGGUCUGGAGAACACAGCAAUGCUGUCAACAUCACAGUACCUGAUGGAGCUCUGAUCCUGGUGAGCCCUGCCCUUCCUGUGACUGAGGGAGAUUCUGUGACUCUGCGCUGCAGAUACAAGGGAACUCCCUCUGACCUCACAGCUGAUUUCUACAAAGAUGGAUCCCUCAUCAGGACUGAGACUACAGGAGAGAUGACCAUCCCUGCAGUAUCCAAGUCAGAUGAAGGACUCUACAAGUGUACCAACUCUGAAGGAGAAUCACCAGAGAGCUGGAUGACAGUGACAGCAGUCCCAGUGUUGUCCAUGUCUCUACCCAGGCUGCUGUGUAGUCUACUGGUGGGGUCUCCCUACCUGCUGGUGACCAUCAUACUGCUGGUGAAAUGCUGCCGGAGCAAGGCUCAAG